AUGAAUCGCAUGCAGCAGUUGGUGGUCGCUGCUCUCAAGUACCUGUGCACUGGCAACCUGUGCACUGGAGACCUGUGCACUGGCAACCUGUGCACUGGCAACCUGUGCACUGGCAACCUGUGCACUGGAGACCUGUGCACUGGCAACCUGUGCACUGGCAACCUGUGCACUGGCAACCUGUGCACUGGAGACCUGUGCACUGGCAACCUGUGCACUGGAGACCUGUGCACUGGAGACCUGUGCACUGGCAACCUGUGCACUGGCAACCUGUGCACUGGCAACCUGUGCACUGGAGACCUGUGCACUGGCAACCUGUGCACUGGCAACCUGUGCACUGGCAACCUGUGCACUGGAGACCUGUGCACUGGCAACCUGUGCACUGGAGACCUGUGCACUGGCAACCUGUGCACUGGAGACCUGUGCACUGGAGACCUGUGCACUGGCAACCUGUGCACUGGAGACCUGUGCACUGGCAACCUGUGCACUGGCAACCUGUGCACUGGCAACCUGUGCACUGGAGACCUGUGCACUGGCAACCUGUGCACUGGCAACCUGUGCACUGGCAACCUGUGCACUGGCAACCUGUGCACUGGAGACCUGUGCACUGGCAACCUGUGCACUGGCAACCUGUGCACUGGCAACCUGUGCACUGGAGACCUGUGCACUGGCAACCUGUGCACUGGCAACCUGUGCACUGGCAACCUGUGCACUGGAGACCUGGGCACUGGAGACCUGUGCACUGGAGACCUGGGCACUGGAGACCUGUGCACUGGAGACCUGGGCACUGGAGACCUGUGCACUGGAGACCUGUGCACUGGAGACCUGUGCACUGGGGACCUAUGCACUUGA